GAUACGCCGGAAGUUAAAAGUUUCCCUAUAGUUCACUUUGCCGCUGAAACGCAGAUUUCCAUGGUGGGUUGGAUUAAUAUUUUGGUUCGAGCUUCGCAGAAUGAACUUCGUACUGCACCUCUCCCGUUGCUACCCAUCAAGGAUAUCCGUCGAUCCGAGGCAUCACAAAGUGCUUUAAAUAGUUUUAAUGUUGAUGCGAAUAUUUCUGGGCCUGCCCUUCGACAGGUUUCACUUCAAUCUACAUCUUAUCAACAAGCAUUCAUCCCAGCCCCACAAAAGCUGUUUUCCAAAGAACGCAGGUCUGCUAGUGUGAGCAGUGCUGUUUCUACCCUUUCUACAAUGCCUCCUGCAAAGUUUGUUCCUGAUGGUAGAUCAUUGACAAUUCAAACACAUCGCCCAAGUGCUACAUCUCCGGGUUUGCUAGGACAUGCAAAUACUGUGUCCACAUUACCCGAAGCUAUGAUAACACGAUCUGCUUCUGCUGUUACAUCACCUUAUAUUAGCGCAUUGAAUCUGUCUUCCAAUGGAGUUUUUUCAAACACUAGAACCAGUUUCGAUGACUCUGUCACUGUUCCUAUGCAAAAGGGUAUUGUCAAGCGUUCAGCCGCCUUUCAAAACUCUACCCGUUCGCAGUCUUCUUGGAAAUAGCUGUUCUUUUGGGUUUUGUAAUUUCAUCAGAUUUCUCAAUAAUAAAUUUAUAGCAUAU